UGCGCGUUUGUACGCGUUGCUCCUUCACUUCGUUCGGACAGCGCGGAUAAAACGCCAAACAGAAACAAAAACAUAAAAAAACACUGAGCGGAUCUACCUUUAAUUAAACACAAACAACAAAUAAGGAUUUAAAUCAGUGGAGAAAAAGAAAUAAAGAAGAAAAAAAAACAACAACUAACCUCAUAUAAAAGUUCAUACAUUUGUCGCAAAAAAAAAGAAAUAGAAAAGAAAAGCAAAUGCAAAAAGUGUCAAAGAAGUGAAAAACAAGCAGAAGAAAAGAAGAAGCAGCAGCAGCAAUAGAAUCCAGCAGAAGCAGUGAAAAGCAGAAGGAAAAGCCAAGUUUGACUCUCUCUCUUUCUCGCUCUUACAUAAAUGGAAAAUAAUUCCUGAGAUUGCGCUGCUAGGAAAAUUUUGCGGAUUUACAUUUCACCUACCGUUAGCUCCGGGAGCUGGGAGUUUGGGAGUUUCUUUUGUGGAUUAUUACGCCCUCUCGCGUGCUCUCUCCCUCUCUCCACCCCCCCACCACCCCCGCAAUCGCUCACUGUGGGUGCGAGCAGGCCGGCGAGCUAAGGAAUCAUCACCUGCCCAUCGCCCACCGCCACCCACCGCCCAUUGCCGCCCAACCCCCGCGCCCAAUCCUCAUCUUGGAUGCUGUCUAUAAAUCGGGAACGCGCAUAUCCAGAGCAGAAAUUGCGACUUUUUUGGAUUUAUAAAAAGUUUUGAAAAUGAACCAUUUGGCCCGAGGGCCGAGGCCCUGUGUCUCCCUGCAUUGUUGCCUGGAUAACAAGUCGACAGUUCGUCACCCGAGGCAGCGCCCCAUCUCAUCGCCACCCACGAGCCGUGUCAUCCGCAUCCGCGCCAGCAAUCGCAGCACCUGUCCAAGCCAUCUGAGCAACUCAUCCGCCGGCUGCACGUUCCUUGGCACUACUGGUAGUACUUUGGGCCGCCCGCGCAGUGCGGCCGCCCGAUCGUUUGCGUCUGCAUGGAGUCAAUGAGACGUAACGAGGCGAACACUAGCCACCACCCGAAUAAGGUGGCCCUGAAUAGCAGCAACGUAGCAACAGAAAGCAAUAUUAAGAAUAAUAAAUUGUUAGCUAAUUUAAGUGCGGCAGGAGCAGCUACAGCUACAGCAACGGCAACAACAGGAACAGCGGCAGCAGCAACAACAACAUCGACGGCGACAACGGCGAAUCAAGCGCUGAAUUUCAAUAACAAAACGAAGGCAACAACAACAACUGCGGCAGCAGCAUCGGCGAAUAAUCAGAGGAGCAACCACAAUAACAACAACAACAACUCCAGUGCGAUCAAGAAGCACACAAACACGAAACUACCUGGCAAGAGCCCCGCUUGCAACUCCUCCUCCUCGUCGCUCUCCUCGUCGAGCAGCUCCAACUCGAGCGAGUCAAAGGACACGAACUUCGAGUACGAGGACGAGUGGAACAUUGGCGGCAUACCAGAGCUGCUGGACGACUUGGACGCGGACAUCGAGAAGUCGGCGCAUUCUUCGGGUGGUGGCAACCAGGCUACCGCGCUAAAUGCCAAGCAGGCAACCAGCUCCUCCACAUCCUCCUCAUCAUCCUCCAAGAGCGGAUCUUCAUCCACGUCAUCCUCAGCAGCAGCGGCGGCGGGAUCAUCAUCAUCGUCGCAUAAAUCGCACAAGACCACAUUGCACAGCAAUUUGUCGGCCACCUCGCCAACCACAAUUAAGUUCACACGCCAGCCGGUGGCCAGUGGCGGAGCUAACUCCUCCUCCUCAACAUCCUCAUCAGCAGCUGCAGCGCCCAGUGGUGGCAGUGCGAACGUGGUGGCCAAGGGAUCAUCCUCUUCCUCGUCCUCCACAUCCUCCUCUUCUUCGGGGAAGCAUCAUCACCAUCACCACCAUCACUCGAACUCGAGCAGCAGCGGCAGCAGUUCCAAGGGCUACAAGUCUGCUUUGGUGGCUCAACUGAACAGUCCGAGUCCACUGAACAGUAGCUCCAAGUCCCUGAGUGGAUCGGGGAGUGGAAGCGGGAACGCAAACGGAGCAGCGGGAGCUGGAGCCGGCAGCACAUUGUCAUCCUCGACAUUUGCCGGGUUCUCCAAGGGCGGCAGCCUAGUGUCCUCGUCGGCAGGAGCAGCAGCAGCUACAGUGGCUGGCAGUGGACAACAGAACUCCAAAUUCUCCGCUGGCGGCAUGUCCUCGCAAACGGGCAGCGGCAGCGGCGGCAACAACACAAGCAACAACAAUAACAGCAGCAGCGGAACCGGAGGCAGCGGCUCGGGCAGCAGCGCAGGGAACAGCGGAAGCGGUAGCGGGAGCAACAACAACACAAACGCCGGUGGGCCGCCGAGUUCGCAAGGCGGCAACAGCGGAAGCGGUAGCGGUAACAGCUCCAGCUCCUCCAGUGGUAAAUCGAGCGCAAAGAUGUCCAUAGACCACCAGGCGACGCUCGACAAAGGACUCAAAAUGAAGAUCAAGCGCACCAAGCCGGGCACCAAGAGCUCGGAGGCCAAGCACGAGAUUGUGAAGGCCACCGACCAGCAGCAGAACGGAGCCCUGGGCGCCGGAUCCAAUAACUCGGCCAACGAGGAUGGGAGUUCCGGUUCCGGUUCCAGUUCCACCAACGCGUCUUCCCUGGGAGGAAAUAAUUCGUCGAGCAGUGCAAGUAGCGGAAGCUCCUCCAGCAGCGGCAGUUCGUCGAGCAGUAGCAAGAAGCACCUGAACAAUGCGAGUGCCGGGAGUGGCUCCUCCUCGUCCGGAGGAGGGAGCCAGAACAAUGCCGGUGGCCAUGCCAGCGGAGGAGGUUCCUCUGGCGGCAGUCAGUCCACGCCGCAGGGCACUAAGCGCGGCAGUUCGGGUCAUCGGCGAGAGAAGACCAAGGACAAGAACGCACAUUCCAAUCGCAUGUCCGUGGACAAGUCGGCGGCGGCUGCCUCAGCGGCCGGAGAGAAGGAUACGCCCGAAAAGGGUUCCGGUUCGGGGGCUGGAGGAUCAACCUGCUCCUGCAACGGAGAGGUUGGAGCUCCGUGCUCUCACCACGCCUGCAUCCGGCGCGCCGCACACAUGUCCAACUCCGGUGGCAACUCGAAUUCGAGUGGCCCAGCUGGCCAAACCGGUGGUUCUUCUUCCAUGUCGGCAGUGCCACCGGGUGUGUUCACACCCUCAGCGGGCUCACCCUCGGGCGGAUCACCUUCGACAGUGGUGCCAGCGGCAGCCUCUCUACUGGCGGCUACCGGAGCCACAUCCAACAACGCCUCCCAACUGGCCAGCAGUAAUGCCGGCAGCGUGGGGGGAUCGGGUGGAGGUGCCAAUGCACCCGGACCGCCGGGAAAGGAGUCCGCCGGCAGCAUUAAAAUCUCCUCACACAUUGCCGCCCAACUGGCAGCGGCUGCCGCUUCCAAUAGUUACAGCGGGAGUGUCGCCAACUCGAAUCAGGGCCAGAACAGCACUUCCGGCGGCAGCGGCGGAUCGGAGAGCAAGGCAGGUGCUGCGGCGCAGGCCAAGUUGAUGGCACCCGGCAUGAUCUCAGCCACCAUGCACCACACGAUCUCGGUGCCGGCUGGCAGCGCAGGAGCAGGCGACGAGGAUACCAAAUCGCCACCCGCCAAAAGGGCCAAGCACGAGGCCGGAGCUAGCGGAACAGGCGGCGGCAAGGAGAUGGUAGACAUCUGCAUCGGUACCUCGGUGGGCACCAUCACCGAACCAGACUGCCUGGGACCUUGCGAACCGGGCACCUCCGUAACCCUCGAGGGGAUCGUGUGGCACGAGACCGAGGGCGGCGUUCUCGUGGUCAACGUCACGUGGCGGGGAAAGACCUACGUGGGCACUUUGCUCGACUGCACCCGACACGAUUGGGCUCCUCCAAGAUUCUGUGAUUCACCAACUGAAGAAUUAGAUUCUCGAACUCCAAAGGGACGCGGCAAGCGCGGACGUAGUGCAGGUCUCACGCCCGACCUGAGCAACUUCACCGAGACCAGAAGCUCGAUUUAUUUCUCACACGCCCAGGUGCACUCAAAGCUACGCAAUGGUGCCACCAAGGGACGCGGAGCGACGCGCAGUGCCUCCGGCAAUGCGGCAGCGAACAGCAACAGCAGCUCGUCGGGCAAUGGAGGCGGGGCCACGCCCAGUACAUCUCCUACAGCAUUCUUACCGCCGCGUCCCGAGAAGCGCAAGUCCAAGGACGAGGCGCCUUCACCGCUCAAUGGCGAUGCGGCGGACGGAGCGUCUGGCGGUAUUGGCGGAGCUGGUGGAGUGAACAUGGUGAACGCCAGCGGCAUCCCCAUCUCGGCCAGCGGCGGUGGCCUGGCCACGCAGCCGCAAAGCCUGCUCAACCCGGUCACCGGCCUCAAUGUGCAGAUUAGCACCAAGAAAUGUAAGACUGCCUCGCCCUGCGCGAUCUCCCCGGUUCUGCUCGAGUGUCCCGAGCAGGACUGCAGCAAGAAGUACAAGCACGCCAACGGGCUGCGCUAUCACCAGUCCCAUGCCCACGGAGCGGGCGGUGGUGCAAGCUCCAUGGACGAGGACUCUAUGCAAGCGCCCGAGGAGCCGGCCACGCCGCCCUCUCCUGGAGUUUCAAGUGGAACGGGAGCAGGAGCAUCUGUCACAUCAACAGCACCCCCAGCGACGGCGCCAUCAGCGGGUCAGGGAACCGUGGCAGUACCCCCGAACACGCCCACCGCCAAUUCCAGCAAUCCCGUCACCAAUGGCAGUGCUGCACCCACGACACCAGCUACUGGAUCGGUAUCCAUUACCGCCCCCAGUGCCACACCCUCUGUGGUAGAGACGCAGUCUACAGCGCCAAUUUCUGCACCCCCACCAGCCACUCCACCAGCUCCAGUACCCAUUUGCGCAGUGACUACACCUGGAGCAGAGCAAUCUGCAUCGUCAGUAUUGCCGCUGGGCAAUCUUCCAAUGACAGCGGGUCCGAAUGCCGCGACACAGCAGCAGCAGCCUCCUACACAGCAGCAACAACAAUUGCUCGCCCCAGGAGGCAGUGGGCCGCCAAGCAACCUGCAGCAGCAGCAGCAACCAGUGGCCGGAGGCAGCAUCACCGCUGGAAUCUCUGGACAGGCUCUGUCACAGCACCAGCAACAGCUAAUGGGUGGCCUGCCGGCAAUGUUGUCCGAUCAGCAGCAGCAGGCAUUGUUGCAGCAGGGAGCACUUAAAGCGGGAGUUCUGCGCUUUGGCCCUCCGGAUGGAAAUCCCAUGCAGCAGCCAGGUCAGCCACCGGUUAAUCCACAGACGCAGCAGUCGCCUCCAAGGCCACCGAGUCAUGUCCAGGAUCAGCAGACGCCAUCGGCCUACGCCCAGCAGGCCGGAUUGAAGACUUCGCCUGGAUUUGGUUCCGUAAGCGUAAAUGCCGCUGGCAGUAAACAGAAGAAGAACCGCAAGUCACCCGGACCUAGUGACUUUGAGGGUCGUGUUUCCCGCGAAGAUGUGCAGAGUCCGGCCUACAGUGAUAUCUCCGAUGACUCCACGCCAGUGGCCGAGCAGGAGCUGCUGGACAAGUCAGUCGGCCAGGUGGUGGCGGCCAAGCACAUCGAGUUGAUGGGCAAGAAGCCACCGGAGGUGGGCGUUGUUGGUGUCCCACCAGCACCGGCUCCCAACAUGUAUGUGCCGGGCAUGUACCAGUUUUACCCGUCUCAGCAGCAGGCACCACCACCACCGCAGCAGCAGCAACAACAGCCUCAAUACAUGGUACAGACGGAGCCAGGCAAGCCACCUGGAUUGCCACCUGCAUUGACACAAGCUCAACAGCAGCAGCAGAUGCAGCAGGGCCCUCCUCCGCCUACCUCACAGCCCCCAAGUCACCUGCUUGGUCCACCUGGUCAGCAGUCGGUGGCCGCUCACCUGGCGGACUACAGUGGCAAGAACAAGGAUCCACCGUUGGAUCUGAUGACCAAACCACAGCCACAGCCAGGUCAGCAGCCUCCGCAACAGCAGCAGCAGGGCCAACAGCCAGGAUCGGAGAACAAUGGCAAGGAGGUCGUUGGACCUCCCACCUCGCAGCCGGGAUCUCAGCCGCCACCGGUGAACCUCAGUGCAGUGUCUGGACCGCCGCCAGGAGCUCUGCCACCUGGUCUAGGUGGUCUCUCGGCGCUGGGGGCAGCCGGUCUAGGCGGUCCUGGACCCGGCAAAGGCAUGCCCCACUUCUAUCCCUUCAACUUUAUUCCGCCUGCGUAUCCGUACAAUGUUGACCCCAACUUUGGGUCAGUUUCAAUUGUGGCUUCCGAGGAGGCCGCCAAACUAGGUGGGCACCCAGGUCUGCCGCCCAGCUCGCAGUCGCAACAGCUGUCGGGGAUUAGUAUCAAGGAGGAGCGCCUUAAGGAAAGUCCUAGUCCGCACGACCAGCCCAAGCACAUGCCACCACAGCAGCAGAUGAUUGCCAACAAGCUGAUCAAGCAGGAGCCCAUGACCAAGCAGGAGAUCAAGCAGGAGCCCAAUUCAAAUCCGGGUCAGCAACAUCAGCCACCGCAACAGCAGCCGGCGCCGCAGCCCCAACAGCAACAGCUGCCACCCCCGCAGCCACAGCAGCCGCAUGCCCUGCAUCCCAAGGAUCUGCAGGCACUGGGCGCAUAUCCCACCAUCUACCAGCGCCACUCUAUGAGUCUGGCGGCAGUGCAGCAGGCGCGCGACGAGGACCUGAGACGGUACUACAUGUUCACGGGGCGACAGAAUCAGGCGGCCGCAGCUGCUGCCGCGGCAGCUCAGAACGCCGCCAGUGGAGGCCUGCAACCUCAUCCCGGUAUGAUGCACAAGGAUGAACCCGGCAUGUCAUCGGCGCAGCAACAGCAGCAGCAGCAACAACAGCAGCAGAUGCAAAUGGCCCAGCAGCAACAGCAGGCGAUUCAGCAGCAUCAUCAGCACCUUCAACAGCAACACCAACAGCAGCAGCAGCAACAACAUCAGCAACAGCAGCAGCAGCAGCAACAACAGCAGCAGCAACAACAACAACAGCAACAACAACAGCAGCAGCAGCAAAAACUUAAGCAGUCGCAGGCGGCAAGUGCGGCGGCCAACAACAAGGCCACCAAUCUGACAAAGGAUUCUCCCAAACAAAAGGGCGGCGAUGACGAUCAGCCGCUGAAGGUGAAGCAAGAGGGCCAGAAGCCGACCAUGGAGACGCAGGGUCCGCCACCACCACCCACGUCGCAGUACUUCCUCCACCCCUCGUACAUUUCCCCGACACCCUUUGGGUUCGAUCCCAAUCAUCCGAUGUACCGCAACGUGUUGAUGUCAGCCGCCGGUCCAUACAAUACGGCACCGUAUCACCUGCCCAUCCCGCGCUACCAUGCCCCCGAAGAUCUCUCGCGGAACACCGGCACCAAGGCCCUGGAUGCACUGCACCAUGCGGCCAGCCAGUACUACACCACCCACAAGAUCCAUGAGCUCAGCGAACGGGCCCUCAAGUCGCCCACCAGCGGCAGCGGCCCCGUCAAGGUGAGCGUCAGCAGUCCCAGCAUCGGGCCGCCCCAACAGGGCGGACCCACGAGCAGCGGCCCAGGAUCCGGACCUGUUUCCGGUGUCCUCGGCCCCGGCAGCGGUCCCAACCAGCAGCCCGGCUCGGCACCUGGGUCUGCGGGCGGUGUGCCGCUGAAUCUACAGCCACCACCCGGAGGAAUGGGCCCGGCGCCCGGCAGCAAGCCGGAUCUCUCCGGCCCGAAAGGACACGGCGGUGUAACGCCCGGUUCGUCCUUGGACGGCCACAAGCAGUCGAUGCCCGGCGGUCCGCCGCCAAAUGGACCACCAGGCAAUGGAGCCGUGGGCGGUGUGGGAGGCGCUGCAGGCAAUGGCGCGGCGGGAGGAGGCGGUGCAGGUGCCGCCGACUCGCGCAGUCCACCGCCACAGCGCCAUGUGCACACCCACCACCACACGCACGUCGGCCUCGGCUAUCCCAUGUACCCGGCGCCCUAUGGAGCGGCUGUUUUGGCUAGCCAGCAGGCGGCUGCUGUAGCUGUGAUAAACCCGUUUCCGCCGGGUCCGUCGAAAUGAGAUCCACUGAACGGCAGCAACGAGAAGAAGGCGUAUAACGUGAAGAACAACUAGUGUGGAGCACAAUGCGACGGUGCCCGCCCAGAGUGCAUUUGCUAACUUCCGAGAUCCCCAGGGACAGCGAUGCAGCCAUGGGAGCAGGAUAAGGCUUUGUUCCCCGUUGGAUUCCAACCUCUUCCCGUCGAAAUCUGUCGCUGUCUUGGCUGCCUCUAGAGGAUUUCCCUCGAUGCUGAUGCAUCGGCGGUCGAGGAACCGAGAGGAACACAGAAUCGACUAUUUAUAUGCAUAAGUAUUUUUUGAUGUUUCGUUCAACGUGGUUAACUAUAACUAGCCUAAGGUAUCACUACUAUUACCACAUACAACCUAUACAUAUAUAAAUAUAUAUAGCAUAACUACCUAUAGCGACUUUUUCCUAAGUGUAUUUGCAUCUGCAUAUAGAUAUCUAUAUUUAUAUUUAUAUCAUACGAGAGAGGCGUAAACCGAACAUGAACAAACAAACAAACAGAUAACAUGAAACAUACAAAACAACCCGAUACUGUAGUGUGUUGAUUUCUUUGUAAAAAUAUAUAUUAAACGAAAGCGGAACGAAAUUAAGAAAUUAAAUGUAUGGAUAUUGUUUAACUAAAAGAUUCUAAAUGAUUAAAUUAUGCAAGUAGGACGUACAAGAUUAGCAUUUAGCGUGUGUAUUAAUUAUCCUUAUCUGUGUUGCGGAUGGAGCUGCGCGGGAUUUGCAUCUAAAAGACAAAUUGGGCGCGCCGCCCAUUCAAAUCUUAUAAAUAUAUAUAUAUAUAUAUAUUAUGUGUAUCUAAAUCUAUAUCUAUGUGUGUACUACUCGUAUCCGUAGUUUCUAUGUUAUAAGUUAUCCGUGAAUGACUACGAUGAAUUUUUCGGCCAGCAGCCGCACACUAAUUUAAAUUGUUUCUAAGCAUCAAUUUGUACUUUAAAUAUUUAUACGCAUAUACAUAUAUGAUAUGGUAACAAAGGCGAGAUAUAUGUGUAAUUAAACGAUUAUCUAUGUGAAUGUGGGUGUGUAGUAGUUCACUAGCCGCUUCAUAGACUCUACACGCGUGAUUUAUGGCACUUAAUGUUCUCUAGCCUAAGCUCCCCCAAAAACAAACACGAAUCCUCCCCAUACCCAAACUCCCACAUCCUGCCCCAAACACACAUUAACUAUUCUUUAGAAUUUACAAAUAAAAAACAAGUAUUGAUUGUAAAUAUACCUUAAAGCGAGUCUUUUGUAUUGUAAAUUAGUUCCACUGAUUGAUUUGGUGGCCUUGCCCAGUGCGUUGCCACCAAGUUCGUGUUAUAAACAUUAAAUGCAUCAUAUUGUAAUGUACUACACGUGCUUGCAGCAUUUGCUGCAGCCCGUAAACGAAACGAAAGCGAAUUACCGCAUAAUAGCAAUUUGAAUUAUGUCUUCAUGUGUAGAUGAGCGAGUGUUUUCCUUACACCCAUUUAGAGUCGCUAGGUUUUUUGACAUU